GACGUAUAUAAGAAAAUUUCGCCAUACUUUCUUUCUUUGUAAUAAUGUCUGCUGACAACGACAAUAGAGACAAUGGCCCAGAAGGCAUGGAGCCAGAUGGCGUCAUUGAGAGCAACUGGAACGAUAUUGUGGACAGUUUUGAUGACAUGAACCUGCGCGAGGAUUUGCUCCGUGGAAUUUACGCCUAUGGUUUCGAGAAGCCUUCUGCCAUCCAACAGAGAGCCAUUCUUCCUUGUAUCAAGGGUUACGACGUGAUUGCCCAGGCCCAGUCUGGUACAGGAAAGACUGCCACCUUUGCCAUUUCCAUCCUCCAGCAGAUUGAUGUGACGCUGAAGGGCAUCCAGGCUUUGGUCUUGGCCCCCACCAGGGAGCUGGCUCAACAGAUCCAGAAAGUGGUGCUGUCUCUCGGCGACUACAUGGGCGCCGGUUGCCACGCUUGCAUCGGCGGGACCAACAUCCGCAUCGACGUCCAGAAGCUGCAGGGCGAGUGCCCUCACAUUGUGGUGGGGACCCCCGGCCGUGUCUUCGACAUGUUGACCCGCAGGAGUAUCUCUCCUAAAUACAUCAAAAUGUUUGUGCUGGAUGAGGCUGAUGAGAUGUUGAGCCGAGGCUUCAAGGACCAGAUCUAUGAGAUCUUCCAGAAACUGCCUGGCAGCACACAGGUUGUCCUCCUAUCAGCCACCAUGCCAACUGACGUGUUGGAGGUCACCAAGAAGUUCAUGCGCGAUCCUAUCCGCAUCCUGGUCAAGAGAGAAGAGCUGACCCUCGAGGGUAUCCGCCAGUUCUACGUCAAUGUGGAGAAAGAGGAGUGGAAGCUGGACACUCUGUGCGAUCUGUACGAGACCCUGACCAUCACUCAGGCCGUCAUCUUCAUCAACACGAGGAGAAAAGUGGACUGGCUCACAGAGAAGAUGCAGUCCAGGGACUUCACCGUUUCAGCUAUGCACGGUGAAAUGGACCAGAAAGAGCGUGACUUGAUCAUGAGGGAGUUCCGUUCUGGCUCCAGUCGAGUCCUCAUCACCACUGACCUGCUGGCUCGCGGCAUCGACGUGCAGCAGGUCUCUCUUGUCAUCAACUAUGACCUGCCCACCAACAGGGAAAACUACAUCCACAGGAUUGGCCGCGGCGGUCGUUUUGGCAGAAAGGGAGUCGCCAUCAACAUGGUGACCGACGACGACAAGCGCAUCCUGCGGGACAUCGAGACCUUCUACAACACCACCAUUGAGGAGAUGCCCAUGAAUGUGGCUGAUCUUUUCUAAAAAAGAAAAAAUCCAAACCAUGAGAGCAAAAUCCAUCUGCCAUCGUUCCUCCCCACACCUCUCCAGUUUUAAAAAGAAAAGAGGAAAAAGUCCAACUUUUUUUUUUUUCCCCCCCCCCCCCCAAGUUCAAAUUCCUGAACUUGACUGUUUCCCACUCGGGAAGGAAGACUUUGCAGCCUUGAUUCCUUCCCAAAUCAGUUUUUGGCUUGACCCAUCUUAACACAGUUUGCCACAUAGUCUCACUGAAAUUGAAGAGUUUAAUGCGGACAUUCCAUUCUCGUUUUUUUUCCUCUCCCCCUUGCGCUAAUUUGCAUUGUGAACUUUUUAACCUGGACGCCCCACCCCACAUCCAAAAAGCACAAACAUUCUGACAGCGACCUAAAAACGAGGAGAAAAUCUAACAUUAAGCAGCAUCCCCGAGGCUUGAAACGUUUGGUGUGAAUGUUGAUAGAAAAAGCAAACUCGAGCGCAAGCAGUGUUAAGGCGACCUCCAGUUCAGUGAAUGUCAUCUUUAACUUUCAUCCAGUUGUUUGGGGGCUUAGCAUUACACAGGGCAUGUUCAAUAAAAAGACCUGUACAGUAAAAUCAA